GCCACAUGGUCAUGUCUCUGAGUUUACUGUCUGUUGUGCACUGAUGGCCUGGUUGUCGUGGUGUCCAUUAAAACGGAUUUGAGGUUAGUGCGAUGCAGUACUGCAGUACUCGGGGUGGGGUCCGUGGACUGGACUUCCAGGAUGUGCUGUUCUCAGGUUAUGCUUCAGAUGGGGGGAUGUUCAUGCCCGAGAGUGUGCCUGUGCUCAGCCCGGACACCCUGUGGGGCUGGAGGGGGCUGACUUACACCCAGCUGGUGGUGGAGGUUGCCUCACUGUUCAUCCCCACUCAGCUGAUCCCCAGAGAGGACCUGCAGGUCCUCGUGCGUGAGGCCCUGUCUGGAUUCUCAGUGCCCGAGGUGGUGAGAACGGCCCGGCUGAAAAACGGUCUGUCAGUCCUCGAGCUCUUCCAUGGAGAGACCUUGGCCUUUAAGGACCUGGCUAUGACCUGCACUGUGCGCUUCCUUGACUACUUCCUCCGAAAACAGAAUCGCAGAGCUACUGUUCUUGUAGGUACAUCAGGGGACACAGGAGGCUCGGCCAUCCACAGCGCCAAAGGUCUCAGCGGGCUGGAAGUGGUGGUGGUUUAUCCUCGAGGACGCAUCACUCCGGUCCAAGAGAAACACAUGAUCACCUGCCUGGAGGACAACGUCCACGUGUUCGCAGCUGACGGCAGCUCUGAUGACAUAGAUCAGCCUCUGCGCCGUCUCUUUGCCGACUCACAGCUGGUCAGGUCUCACAACCUCAUGAGCCUCAACUCAGUCAACUGGUCCAGAGUCAUGAUCCAGCUUGCUCACUUCAUCUACGCUUACCUGGAGCUUAGUGGGAUGGAGCAGGCUGACAAGGACCUGCCAGAGCUGGAGGUGGUGGUGCCUACUGGAGGGGCGGGAAACAUCGCAGCUGGCUACAUAGUGAAACAGAUGGGGUUGCCCCUGAAGCUGGUUGCCAUGGUGAACUCUAAUGACAUCGUGCACAGGACGGUAACCACCGGUGACUUUUCCAUGGCGGAUAAUGUCACACAAACUUUGGCCCCUGCCAUAGACAUCCAGGACCCGUACAACAUGGAGCGAGUGUUCUGGCUGCUGCUGGGCAGAGACGGAGCUGCAGUGAAGAACAUGAUGGAGGAGUUCCAACAAUCACAUCGACAUUCUCUGCCGGAGAACCACCGUGAACUGUUGUCACAAGUUUUAUCUACUGGAACAGUGAGUGAUGACGGGAUCCUGGAGACCAUGAGGAGGUGCUGGGAGGAGAACCAGUAUGUCCUGUGUCCACACACAGCAGUGGCUGUAUGGCAUCACUACCACUGUCCUCACAGCGCCAAAAUCAACAGGUCAGUCAUGCUGUGUUCACCUAUUCAGCCACAUACAAAAGACAUUUCUGACUUCACUGCAAGAUGUGAAGCAGCAGGGUUUCAGAGGUCGUCCAGUCUUAAGGAGGACACACGGGAAGACAACAGGAAGACAUAA